AUGUUUUUUUCCGUCAUGAGAUUUUUGCUGAGUUUUUGUUUUUGUGUUUUCAAGCUCGGACCUCGCCGAUUUUGUUUAUGAUACAGUGCGUGAGUUUGUUUUAAGCGGAAAUUAGGCAAUUUUAUCAAAGUUUUAAAGUAAGAACAACGUGAAAGUUUCCUGUGGGUAGUAUUGAUCGUUGUUGGAUUUAGCGAAAUGGCAUGCAGAUACCCAGACAGGUGGCUUGCCUACAGCAGCAUCGGUGCCCAAGUUGAGGGCACGCAGUUCGUUGCGCUGAAAGUGCCACUGGAAAAGAAAUAUUUUACCAAUCGCGAAGAUGAGAGUUUCACCCCAGAUGAUGUAGUUCAGCAAAUUCCGAACCUAGGUCUAGUGAUAGACCUUACAUUUACAUCGAAAUAUUACAAUCCUUUGGAAUUCCAACAACACAAGGUGCAGCACAAGAAGAUUCUUACGAAAGGACAUGAAAUUCCACAAAGGUCGUUGGUGGACGUUUUUAUACAUACGGUUAACAAAUUCUUGGAGAAAGACGACAAUAAAGGCAAAGUAAUUGGCGUUCAUUGCACCCAUGGCUUGAACCGAACUGGAUAUUUUGUGUGCGCUUACAUGAUCUUAGUACAGGGUCAGGAACCCCGAUCAGCGAUAAAAGCAUUUAAUGAUGCGCGAACUCAUUCGAUGGAAAGAGCCAACUACCUGAACCAUUUGAGAGGUCUGAAACCAUCCAGUUAUGAUCCUUCGCUGCAUCCACCAACCGAUAAUCAAGAAAAGGACAGAUAUAGAAGAGAAGCUAGAAGCAACGGGCGGCACCAUUCGGACCGUUAUGCUGGAAACUGGCGGGAUAGAUCUCGAGAAACCGACCACAGGCAAGAUUUUAGUCGAUCUCGAUACAGUUAUGAUUAUGGGGGCUACUGGAGAAGCAGAGAAUGGCAAGAUGGUGACCGUUACAGUAGAAGUGACUGUUGGAGAAAUAACUACAGAAACAACGAUCGUUAUGAAAAUCGUCGAGAUAGGUCAAGGAGUAACGGCGAGGAAGCUAGCACCUCAGAGUAUCGUCCUCGGAAUAGAGAAGAUGAUUAUAGCAGAAACAAGCGGACUCGCAAUACUGACAAUAGUUUAUGAAAUUAACAACGGUUUAUGAGGUUGUUAUUUAUAUAUAAUGCAUAAGUAAAUAAAAUUAACAUACAAUUACUAUUUCCAAAAA